AUGGACCGGCAACAAAACCUGCAAACUAUCGGAAAGGAGAGUGAAUUAGCCGUCGAAACAAUCCAGAAUAUUGAAUCCUUGCCAAGUCUGGACGGAGUGGAACAGAUCUUGAGCUAUGAGUUUAGGAACAAAGGCCUGCUGGAAGGAGCUUUCACUCAUGCUUCUUUAGGAUUGACCAUCUCCAACGAGCAACUCGAAUACGUCGGAGACUCCGUGCUUAACCUACUCUUCACUAAACAGCAGUUUUUUGAAUACCCUGAUUUGUCGCCGGGUACUUUGACCAGACUCCGAGCAGCCAAUGUCGAUACCGAAAAACUGGCUCGUGUCGCCGUUAAACAUGGAUUGUAUCGGUAUCUGCGGCAUAAGAAACCUCUUCUCGAAGAACAAAUUCGACAAUUUUCUGAAGAGAUACAACGGUAUCCACUUCAUUCUAAUGGACUGGUCGACGUGCCAAAGGCAUUAGCUGAUGUCGUGGAAUCCGCCAUCGGAGCGGUUUUCAUCGACACCAAUUUCUCCAUCGAUGCUGUUUGGAAGGUGUUCAAGGAUUUGUUGGAGCCUAUAAUCAGACAAGACACUUUAAAGAUGCAUCCGGUGACCCAAUUAUGUGAAGUGUGCCAAAAGAGAAAUAUGAAAGUUAAAUUUGUGGACCUGUGGAAAGAAAACACAGGUUUUGAUGUGUUUGUAGACGACCAACUUGUGGGAAGCGGGAAAUGUAGCCUCAAGAAGGAAAUUGCACAGAACAGAGCUGCCAAAGAUGCAUUGGACAAUAUAUUGAGAAUCCUAGAUCAAAGAGAUACCGAUACCAACAUUGCUGAAGAAAUAAAUUGA